AUGGACCAGAUGAUCACAGUUCACGAUAUUCAUGAGCCAAAUACUGGAACUUGGCAAUAUGUCGUCGCAGACCCGUCUACUAUGAGCGCGGCCAUUAUCGAUUCCGUCUUGGACUUUGACCCUGCCUCCGCCAGCAUCAGUACGAAAAGCGCAGAUGGUUUGCUCGCUUUAAUUAAAGACAAGGGCUACAAAGUAGACCUGAUUCUGGAGACACACGCCCAUGCCGAUCACCUCACUGCCGCAGCAUACUUGCAGGACCAGCUUGAAAAAAGUCAAGGCUCUCGACCCGAAAUAGGGAUUGGCAAGCGCAUAGCCGAGGUGCAAAAGCGGUUCGGGGAUCGGUAUAGCGUCGACGACUAUGAAAAUGCGUUUGACAGGCUAUUUGACGACGAUGGGGAGUUCAAGAUUGGCAACAUAAAUGCAACUGUGCUGUACCUCCCUGGCCACACGCCAGACCACGUCGGAUACAAGAUUCAAGGCAGGUCGCAACUCGACAACAUCUUUUGCGGCGACUCCCUUUUCAACGCCGACGUCGGUUCCGCACGCUGCGACUUCCCCGGCGGCGAUGCGACACAGCUGUAUAACUCGGUGCAGAAACUGCUCAGCCACGGACCGCAUGUCAAGAUAUGGACUGGACAUGACUACCCGCCCGAGGCCAGGGCUGGUCGUGCCAUCUCGGCCAUGACGGUCAGCCAGCAGCGGGAACAGAACAAACACCUCAAAGACGGGACCUCGCAGGACGAGUUUGUGACUUGGAGGAGGCAGGACGACUGCCGAAGCCGACGACAACGGGCGAUCGAUUGGUUCAUGUACCGUUGA